CCAAUAAGGUCAUUUAUAUAGUACAUCACCAGUAAAUAUGGGACUUCGAAUUGGUUUAUACACUGUCCUCUCAGUGUAAACAGCUAUUUAUUAAGUUAACAGUCAACAAUGCACAACGUCUCCUUGGCUGAUCAUGUGGAGUGGGAGAGGAACCGUUGCUGUGAUCUGAUCAAAGGCUGACAGACUGUGACCGAUCCUCAUCGUGAGAGUCGGUCGAGCAGAAGGAAGGACAACAUUCAACGCUUCCGCUUCAGACUUGGGCGGCGUCAAUGUUAUAGACGGAACAUUUAAGUGUAACACACACUUCUGUCAACAUGGCUGCCUCCUCUAGGAGUUUAUUAAGAGUCUUAUCCAGAUGUCAGAGUCAGUACUUUUCAGUUUCCUGCAGUACACUGACCUCACACAGACACCUGCCUGUCAGAUCCUACGCUGCUGCCGCUAGGCAGGUGCAGAAAGAAAAGAAAGAAGCGGCGGCUCAAGAAAAGGUGGUAAAAGAGAAAAGAAAGAUUGAUGACAAAGACAGACAUAAACCCUAUGGACUCACUGCCUGGGCUCCAUUAGAUGAUGUAUACUUGGUCAGGUAUUAUCCUAAACCCGUUUACAACACUCCAGUGGCCAUCGAAAUGCUAAAGGACUUUCAAAAGUUGGAUUUCACACCUGAAAACCAACCUGUUUACAUUAACCUGCGCCUGGACAUGAAGCUAGAGAAAAAGAGAAAAGUGGAUCCAUUUGUUAGCACAAUGCAUUUACCACACCCAUUCAAGUCUGACACCAACAAAGUUGUGGUUUUCACUGAGAACCCAGAUCAAGCCAGAAUAGCAAUGGAGAAUGGAGCAACAGUUGCAGGUGGGGUGGAGCUGGUUGAAAAGAUUUUAGCGGAUGAGAUUACAGCAGAUUUUUACUUGGCUGAGCCAGACAUCAUACAAAAGCUUCUCCCUUUAAAAAACAAACUAAGGAAGAAGUUUCCCAAGAGCAAGAGAGGUUCAGUUGGGGUGAAUAUCCCUAAAAUGCUUGCAUUAUUCAAGACCGGUCAUGAAUACGUUGUUGAGGACACCUAUGUCAACACACAAGUUGCAACACUCGACAUGUCUACAGAAUUUAUUUUAGAAAACAUUAAAGCCGUAUGUAAAGAUGUGGCCAGCCACAAACCAGCAGAAUUUGGGACGUUUAUUGAGAGGGCAGUCAUGUGCAGCAGGACAAGUGAGGGUUUGCACAUCAAAAUUGAGGAUUUAUUACCACUGGAACAAAAGAAGGCAUGAGAUUUUUGUUUUGUAUAUAUUUACAUUGUACCAAAAUUUACACUGUAAUAAAAUGUUAACUAUAAAAAAUGUCCAGCUGUGUUUUUC